GGCAGUCAAGUCAGUAAACUCUCAAGAUCAUGAAGGGGAUUUUAAGGUUGUCGGUGUACCUGUUUUUAGUGACUACAUCCACCCUUGGUGGGGUCUUUGAAGAUUGCAAGGAUUACACAUCGGAGAAGUGCCGGGAGGAAAUUUCAAAGGUUCUUAUGCAUAUAUCACCAAAGAAUUUGCUUCAACAAGACGUAUCAGCUGGACGAUCUAUUGGAUAUUCAUGGGAAUGGAAUUCGGAAUAUUGGUUAAAUUUGGGGCGCCAAUACGUCUUGGAUAGCAUUAAUAGGCAACUCAAUACGAAUCGUGCGAAGAAUGUGGUUUUCUUCCUUGGCGAUGGAAUGAGUAUUCCAACGCAAUUUGUUGCAAGAAUGGCAAUGGGUGGGGAAGAGCAGCAACUAUCAUGGGAGAAAUUCCCCUUUGCAGGACUCUCAAAGACAUACUGUGUGGAUUCUCAGGUGGCUGAUUCUGCGUGCUCAGGUACGGCCUAUUGGAGUGGAAUUAAGGCAAAUCUUGGUACAUUGGGGGUGAAUGCAAGAGUCCCCUUUGGGGAUUGCUACGCAGCACUUGAUGCAGCCACGCACACAGAAUCAAUUGCAAAGUGGGCAAUGGAUGCUGGGAAAUCUGUGGGAAUUGUAACAACAGCAAAGGUCACGAGUGCAUCACCUGCUGCUGCAUAUGCUCAUGUAUCAAAUAGAUUUUGGGAAAAUGACUCCAACAUCCGUGCAACUGGAUGUGAUCCCAAUAUGAUUGAUGAUAUUGCCAAGCAACUCAUUCUUGGACCCAUUGGAUGUCGCUUGAAUGUUAUCCUCGGUGGUGGUAGAGGAAAUAUGCGAGACUCAAAGAUUCCCGAUGAAGAGGGUGGAUUUGGGGAGCGCAAUGAUUCACGAGAUUUAAUCUCAGAGUGGCUAAACGAUGGUAGACCGAAUAAAAGGUACGUGUGGAAUAGGCAUGAUCUCCUAAAUCUACCCUAUGACACCGAAAGCCUCCUUGGCUUGUUCGAAAGUGGAGAUAUGCAGUUUUAUCUUGAGAGUCUGGACCGUAGAAGUCUCAUGACUGAGCCGACACUGGAGGAAAUGACCAGAGUUGCAAUUAAUGUUCUUAAGAAGAAUCAAAAUGGAUUCUUUCUUUUUGUUGAGGGUGGUAAAAUUGACCAUGGACAUCACUACACCCUCGCGAGGACGGCAUCUGCAGAAACCGUUGAAAUGCAUAAAGCCGUUCAAGCUGCUAGGGAAGUUCUAAAUGAAGAUGAUACGCUGAUCGUUGUUACUGCCGAUCACUCCCACGCAUUGUCGAUCUCUGGAUAUCCUACACGGGGACACGAUAUAUUCGGAAAGGAUGAUAGAUUUGAAGGGAAAGAUGGCCAACCCUACAUGACUCUAAACUACGCCAAUGGUCCAAUUUUAUCACCUCAGUACAAAGAAGUAGGACGCAUCAAUCCCGACAUAUCAAACUACAAGAAAUGGACAUCACCAUUCCCCUUCUACGUGCCCCUUGACAUUGCAACUCAUGCUGGUGAUGAUGUGGGAAUUUUUGCAUCAGGACCAUUUGCACAUUUAUUUUCCGGUACAAUGGAACAGAGUCAUCUACCGCACUUAAUAGCUUACGUGAUGUCCAUUGGGAAUGGACCAAGAUGUUGAAAAUAUUAUAAAAAAUAAAUGUGGUACUUAAAGAUUAAUUUUAAGAAAUUUA